GGCAAUUGAGCGACGGCAUCAACUCUCAUCUGCGAGCCCUUAACACAAUGGCAACCACCCAGGAGAUUGCGGAUGGAAUGCUCAUAUCCCUGGUGUCCUCCAAACUGGAUAAGCAUACCCAGGAGAAGUGGGAAGAGGGAUUGCCUACCAAUAAGCUGCUAAAAUGGACGGAUAUGGCUGCCUUUUUGGAGAAGAGAUGUCGGAUGAUGGAAAACAUUGAAAAUGCUAUGGUAACCCACACACCUAGCAACCAGAAUCGCGCAGAUUCAAGAAAGGACCAAGGAUAUGGCUUGGCAUCAUAUAUCGACCCACUACAACCCGGCUGUCAUAUUAUCCAGAGGAUGUACUCCGCUCGAACUUUUGGAUUCGACGCUGUGGCGUGAGGGCCCACCAUUCCUGCGGACAGACGAAGCUUGCUGGCCGCCUCAUACGCCUACUCUAGUAGAUGUGCCUGAACGCCGCCGCCUCGCGCUGGUGCUGACGCAAAGCCAGGAUAUUUCGUAUGGCUGCAAGUUUCAAAAUUGUUUUGGAAAGCUGCAGCGAGUCUUUGGCUACAUACAUCGGUUCCUAAUGCUAAAAGCCAAGGAUGAGCC